UAUAAUCAACUAGUGUGGCUGGAUAAGCAAAAACUUAUUCUUGCAGUUGUAUAUGAUAUAGGAGAAAAUGGUUCACAGCAAACCCCGUGCUGUCCUUUACUCGAGUCUCUUAAUAUUCAUAUUGCUGCUCUUCUCUUCCGAAAUAGCAUUUUCCAGAGUCUCAACAUCUUCAAAAUCCAAAGAGAAGACCAGGCUGGAUCUGCUAAUGAAGUCUGGUAGUUACAAACCGACCAGAUGGUUUGCACCGGAUCGUAGAGCCCUACUGAAAGCACCAAUUAACGUACCACCUCUUGGUUCGGAGCCAGGAGCCAUAGAUUAACGAUCACGUAGUCCGUAGAGUGCCGCCCUCGAUCUUCACUAUCUGAAACCUCGGUUGAUUGAGCGGACAAUUGAGAUGUUCACGUUUGCUUUUCCUAAUAAGUUUUAUCUGUUAUGGAGUUGGAUCUACUCGAAAGCUAGAGAUAACCUUAUCUCUCUCUAAUAAUAUUGGCUUUGUCUUUUGAGCCUUCCAGUUCUUUAUUACAUGUCUACUGUUGCACAUAUUUGUACCCUUUCAAGUUUCAAGGACCUAGCCUGAAAGAUUAAAUAAAGAAACUGCUCUAUUGGUAUUGAUCAAAAAAUCUUAAUUUCCCAAAAGCUCAAAAGUAGACAUCUUUUGGUUUUCUUUGUGAUUUUGAUGAGGAUGUCUACGUAUCAAAUGUCGUCGAGGUAUGAAGCAAUUAAAAUCUAGAACCAACCCAUGAAAAAUCACAAAGAAAAAAAAAAUAAAAAAAAAGAUAACCCAUAAGUGACACAAUCAAGAGUCCUGAGCUGCAAGAAAAGAAACGAAAUGGCACAGUGUCGCUUCUCCUCCUCGCUUCUUCUUCGUCUCCGUCUCCGUUCAGCUCGCCGGUUCUCCUCACUCCCCAACCCAACAACAACCCAAAACGACGCCGAACUGGUAUCAAACAUCCUCCUCCACCACCACAACCCCUUCCACGCCAUGGAGUCCUCUCUCCAGCUCCACGGCAUCACUCUCUCCCCCGACCUCCUCCACCACACUCUCCUCCGCCUCAAGCACAAUUCCAAAAUCGCCCUCGCCCUCUUCCACUACGCCAAGUCCCUCCCCUCCCCCCCGCCCCUCACCUCCCACGCCUUCCACCUCCUCAUCGACAUCGUCGCCAAGGUCCGCCAGUACGACGUCGCUUGGCAGCUCAUCCUCGAAAUGGACCGCCACAACCUCACCCCCACCGCCGCCACCUUCCUCAUCCUCGUCCGCCGCCUCAUCGCCUCCGGCCUCACCCGCCAGGCCGUCCGGGCCUUCGACGACAUCGAGACCUUCGUCCUGACCCGCCCCACCGCCCAAGACUUCUGCUUCUUACUCGACACCCUCUGUAAAUACGGCUACGUUAAGCUCGCGGCUGAAGUUUUCAACAAAAGGAAGCAUGACUAUGUGGCCGAUGUGAAAAUGUACACUGUUCUGGUUUACGGGUGGUGUAAGAUCGGCCGUUUCGAUACGGCGGAGAGGUUCUUGAGGGAUAUGAUCGAGCGGGGUAUUGAGCCCAAUGUGGUUACUUACAAUGUGUUUCUGGAUGGGAUUUGUAGGAAGGCGAGUUUGCACCCUCAGGACAGGUUUGAGAGGACCAUAAGAAAUGCACUGAAGGUGUUCGAUGAAAUGUCCAGCAGAGGCAUUGAGCCGGACGUGACGAGUUUUUCGAUCCUUCUUCAUGUUUAUAGCCGGGCGCAUAAGCCGGAGUUGUCGCUUGAUAAGCUGAAGGAAAUGAGGGAGAGGGGGAUUUGCCCCACCGUGGCGACUUACACUUCAGUUGUCAAGUGUCUCUGCUCUUGCGGAAGGCUUGAGGAAGCGGAGGAGUUGCUUGGUGAGAUGGUGAGGAAUGGCGUUAGUCCCUCGGCGGCUACUUAUAAUUGUUUUUUCAAAGAGUAUAGGGGGAGGAAGGACUCGGAAAGCGCUUUGAAGUUGUAUAGGAAGAUGAAGGAGGAUGGAUUGUUUGCGCCGAGUGUGCACACUUAUAAUAUAUUGGUGGGCAUGUUUUUGCAGUUGAAUCGAGUGGAGAUUGUGAGAGAGAUAUGGGAUGACAUGAAAGAGAGCGGGGCGGGGCCAGAUUUGGAUUCGUAUACAAUGUUGAUUCAUGGGCUAUGUGAGAAGCAGAAGUGGAGAGAGGCGUGCCAGUUUUUUGUGGAGAUGAUAGAGAAGGGGCUUCUUCCUCAGAAAGUUACUUUUGAGACGCUUUACAGAGGGUUAAUACAGUCUGAUAUGUUGAGAACUUGGAGAAGAUUGAAGAAGAAGCUCGAUGAAGAGUCUGUUACUUUUGGAUCGGAGUUUCAAAAUUAUCACCUUAAGCCAUACAGGAGAUGAUCAGGAUGUGUUGUAUUUCUUGCUUAUGUUUUGAGUGGAUUAUAGAAUCUGUUGUCAAGUUACUUGCUGCUUCUAUGGUUCACAUAAAGGAAAACAUUAACGAUAACCUUCUUGCUUCAGACCAUAACAGAGAUCUGGAUGCAGUUAGUGUCUUUAGGAAAGUCAUGACAGGUUGUCUGAGGAUCUUCUUCAAAAGAAGUUACCUGAGACGGAAUGGACAGGAUGGAUUAGGCCUUCCUUCAGCUGUGAAUAUUUAAAUAUGAUAGAUUUCAUUCGACAGGAUGGAUCAGUUGUGAUCUUGGACCCUGCAAAGCUCCAAAAGAAUGGAAGUUAUUCAUUUGAACAGAGUGUUUGGUCCAAUUUUAGAGGCUCUUCUUCAUCAACCUCGUUUUAAUCGUCCAAUAUAAUUUCGAUUUAACUACAUUGUACUUUCUUUUCAGACGAGGAUUUCAAGGACACUCAACAAUUGCCCAGAUAUGUGAUGGAUGGCUACAGUAUAUAUGCAUAUUUUCUUAUGUCAAACCGGAUCUAGCAAAACAGAUACCAUGAGUGGUUCCAUCAGGUUGGUCAAACUGAUGACUUGCAGAUUGGUAGUUUAAUACUAGAUCUUCUGGUAGAAGAUUUGUCUACUGCCAAAUAUCUUUUCAUAUUGGUUGUUUUAUUUUAUUUCAAACUUUUACUUCAUUGCAAAGAAAAACUGGCUGCAUGCAAUUGUGUAUCCUUAAAAAUUCACACAUUAGAGAUCCGGAGAGACACUUGUGAUAACGGCUCGAGUAUUCCAGAUGAUAUAAUGCAUGCAUUCAGUGAAUUCAACCACUGAUAUUCUUAUCCUCAUGAAAUAUGGUGAGGUGAAUCGAGUUGUCAGUUCUACUGCAAUCAAUAACUGCAGUAGCCAUUCCCAGAGGUCAGUCUUUAGCUCUGACUUCUUUUUACGGUGAUGUGCAAUUGUUGUUCCAUUUCACAAAUUUGAAUCAACUGAACACGAGACUGCACUGCCCCAUUCAACUGCUCUCUUGGAAGCAGGCAUUGAAUUCAGAAGCUCAGUUGAUGGCUUAAUGAGUAUUGAUUUCACAGAUGGAGUUCUCAUGAUUCCACAGCUUGCAAUUGCAGAGAUGAAUGAACCUUUGUUCAGGAACCUCAUAGCCUUCGAGCAAUGCUAUAAUGGUCGCGGGCAUAAAGCAACUUCUUAUGCACUUUUAAUGGAUAACCUCAUUGCUUCCAGCAAGGAUGUUGUUUUUCUUUGUGACAGAGAAAUAAUCCAUAAUUGGUUGAGUGCUGAAGAAGCGUCCCAGUUGUUCAGUAAGCUUUAUAGUGACACAUUGAUUGAUGAUUUUUGCUAUGGCGGGCUCUGUGCUACAGUGAAUAAAUGUUACAAAGAUGGAAAAAGUGGCUAGCCCGAUUGAAACGCGAUUACUUAUCUAAUCCAUGGAAAAUCACCUCUUUGGUUGCAGCCUUUAUCCUUCUGGUUCUCACCCUAUUGCAGACAACAUAUACCAUUCAGCAAUACUAUUCUCCUCCUCAGUGAUGUUUGUUACUAGUUUACUUAAUUUGUGCUAUUCAUUCCUUGGCAAUGUAUUUUGAUGUACGUACUUGCUGUUCUACGGAAUUUCAAAUAAAAGUUGGAUUGCAGAUGAGUGACAACGUUACUUGA